AUGGAGUCUGGGCUCGGGGAGGAAGCCUCAAACGAGUCGGCCUCACUGUCAGGCUUGUCAGCUGUGGAUCAGCUUGGCGAGGACUUCGAGCGAUCUCUAUCACUAGAUGCAGCUUUGAGCGAGACAGACAAGGCGACCUUGCGCACGUUCGCACUGAAGACAGAUGAACACCUAACCCGCCGCACCUUGGAGAAGCUACCCUUCGCCUUCCCAGGUGCCCAUGUUCCUUCUGCCAACCAUCUCCGCACUCGGGUUGCCUUUCUGUCGGGCAUAAAACCUGUUCUUUACGAUUGCUGCCCAAACUCGUGCUGCUGCUACACUGGUCCACACGCAGCCCUAGAUAACUGCCCAUACUGCAAGGCGCCCCGCCGGGACAGCCGCGGCAAGGCACGAUCGCAAUUUUCCUAUAUCCCUCUAAUUCCGCGCCUUCAGGCAUUUCAGGCGAACACAGAGAUGGCGACAGCAAUGAAACAUCGCGCCCACGGCCACACCCACAAAGCCGACUCUACCAUAUCCGACGUCUACGAUAGCACCGCGUACCGUUCAAAACUGCGGCAACGAGUGCGAGUACAUGACAAGGAGCUCCGCCAUUGCCACUUUUCGGAUCCUCGCGACGUGGCUCUUGGCCUCGCUACGGAUGGCUUCGGUCCAUUUCGACGCCGGAACAAGACU